CUUCCUGGCUUUACUCACAUGCUCAGAGAGGAAGCGCUGUAGAGUCUUAGCAGCACAUGAAGAAGCUCUGGCUAUUUUAAACCAAACAGGAUUUGACUCAGGAUAUUUCAAUAUCUCUUUUGGCGCGUGACAGACUUUUAUGUACUAGCCAGAGAGCAGACUUUAGAGUUUCUUUUUUUUAAACUUUUUAUAUUCAAGGUUUUUUCCCCAUCUUACUGUAGGUGGUCUCGUGUGUGGCAGAGAAAGAGAGUGUGUGUGUUAGUCUGCAUGUGUGUGUGAGAGAGAAAGAGGACCAGGAUGAUUGCAGCCCAGCUACUAGCCUAUUACUUCACUGAACUCAAGGAUGAUCAGGUUAAAAAGAUCGAUAAGUACCUGUACUCCAUGCGUUUCUCUGAUGAGACGUUGAAGGAGAUCACGCAGCGCUUCAAGAGGGAGCUGGUGAAAGGCCUGGGGCGGGACACCAACCCCACCGCCGUGCUGAAGAUGCUGCCAACGUUCGUGCGGUCGAUCCCUGAUGGCUCAGAAAAGGGAGACUUCAUUGCGUUGGAUUUGGGAGGCAGUAACUUCAGGAUCCUCCGGGUCAGAGUGAGCCAUGAGAAGAAACAGACGGUUCAGAUGGAGAGUGAAAUCUACGACACACCGGAGGACAUCAUUCACGGCACUGGAACAAAACUGUUCGACCAUGUGGCAGAGUGUCUCGGUGACUUCAUGGAAAAACACAGCAUCAAAGACAAGAAACUCCCAGUUGGAUUGACUUUCUCCUUCCCCUGCCAGCAGACCAAACUAGACGAGGGCUUUCUGGUAACCUGGACAAAGCGUUUCAAGGCCAGUGGAGUGGAGGGAAUGGACGUUGUCCAGCUGCUCAACAGAGCUAUAAAGAAGCGAGGAGACUAUGAAGCUGACAUCAUGGCAGUAGUGAAUGACACUGUGGGAACGAUGAUGACCUGUGGUUUUGAUGACCGGCGCUGUGAAGUCGGCAUCAUCAUAGGUACGGGCACCAAUGCAUGCUACAUGGAGGAGCUGCGCCACAUCGACCAGGUGGAGGGGGACGAGGGCCGGAUGUGUGUGAACACGGAGUGGGGGGCCUUCGGAGACGACGGCAGGCUGGAGGACAUCAGGACAGAGUUCGACAGAGAGAUAGACAGAGGCUCCAUCAACCCCGGGAAACAGCUAUUUGAGAAGAUGGUCAGCGGGAUGUACUUGGGGGAGCUGGUCCGUCUGAUCCUGGUGAAGAUGGCCAGAGAAGGCCUUCUGUUCGAGGGGCGGAUCACUCCUGAGCUGCUCACUAAGGGGAAGAUCGAAACCAAACACAUCUCAGCCAUAGAGAAGAGUAAGGAGGGGUUGAUGAGAACCAAAGAGAUUUUACAAAGACUUGGCGUGGAGCCCUCGCAUGACGACUGCAUCGCUGUGCAGCAUGUUUGUGCCAUUGUGUCUUUCCGUUCGGCCAACCUGAUCGCUGCGGCGCUGGCCGGCAUCCUGCUCAGGCUGAAGGAGAACAAAGGCGUGGCCCGACUCCGAACCACUGUAGGCAUCGAUGGAUCUCUGUACAAGAUGCACCCACAAUAUGCCCGUCGUCUCCAUAAGACGGUCCGUCGUUUGGUGCCGGACACUGAUAUUCGGUUCCUCCUCUCAGAGAGCGGCAGUGGAAAAGGAGCUGCCAUGGUAACGGCUGUGGCCUAUCGCCUCGCCGAACACUCACGAGAGAUCACCCAAACACUGUCUGAGUUCCUCCUGUCGACCAAACAACUGCUGGAGGUUAAGAAGAGAAUGAGGAUAGAGAUCCAAAAUGGCCUUUCAAAGAGCACUCAGGACUCUGCUACUGUCAAAAUGCUGCCAACCUUUGUGAACAGCACUCCAGAUGGCUCAGAGCAUGGAGACUUCCUGGCGUUGGAUUUAGGAGGAACCAACUUCAGAGUUCUGUUGGUAAAGAUUCGUUCAGGCAAGAGGAGAACCGUGGAGAUGCACAACAAGAUCUACGCUAUUCCUCUGGAAGUGAUGCAGGGCACAGGGGAGGAGCUGUUUGAUCACAUUGUGCAGUGUAUCAGUGACUUCCUGGACUACAUGGGGAUGAAGAACACUCGUCUUCCUCUGGGCUUCACCUUCUCCUUCCCCUGCAGACAGACCAGCCUGGACGCUGGAAUCCUUGUGACAUGGACAAAGGGCUUCAAGGCAACAGACUGUGAAGGAGAAAAUGUGGUUGGUCUGUUGAGAGAUGCCAUUAAGAGGAGAGAGGAAUUUGAGCUGGAUGUGGUGGCCAUAGUGAACGAUACAGUGGGAACCAUGAUGACCUGUGCCUACGAAGAACCCACCUGUGAGAUUGGACUUAUCGCUGGCACUGGCAGUAAUGCAUGUUACAUGGAGGAGAUGAGGAACAUUGAGAUGAUCGAUGGAGAUGAGGGCCGCAUGUGUGUCAACAUGGAGUGGGGGGCUUUCGGAGACAACGGAUGCCUUGAUGACAUGAGGACAGAGUGCGACCGCGCUGUGGAUGACUUCUCCCUGAAUCCAGGCAAACAAAGAUAUGAGAAAAUGUGCAGCGGCAUGUAUCUCGGGGAAAUUGUGCGAAACAUCCUGAUAGAUAUGACCAAGAAAGGAUUCUUGUUCAGAGGACAGAUCUCUGAAACACUGAAGACCAGAGGCAUCUUCGAGACAAAGUUCCUCUCACAGAUAGAGAGUGAUAGAUUAGCUCUGCUGCAAGUGAGAUCCAUCCUGCAACACUUAGGGCUGGACAGCUCCUGUGAUGACAGUAUCAUAGUCAAAAGGGUUUGUGGGGCAGUGUCCCAUCGUGCAGCUCAGCUUUGUGGGGCAGGGAUGGCCGCUGUGGUCGAUAAGAUCAGAGAGAACCGAGGACUGGACCAUCUGGACAUCACUGUGGGGGUGGACGGGACCCUCUACAAACUACAUCCACAUUUCUCGGGGGUCAUGCACCAGACGGUAAAUGAACUGGCUCCUCAGUGUAACGUCAACUUCCUGCUGUCAGAGGACGGCAGUGGGAAAGGUGCCGCGCUCAUCACAGCCGUGGGGUGCCGCAUAAGACAGGAGCUGAGCAAUAAAUAGAAAAUACCUCUUCUGUCUUACUGUUAUCUCCACACUUUACCGUGUUUCCCUUUUCUCCUCCCUCCUCUUCUUUCCCCUCAUCUUCAGCCCUUGUUCAGUCAAAGUAUCACACAUUAGUGUAGCUGCUUUAGUCUGUCUAAAGGACAGAGAGGGAGAUCGUUUUCUCUGUGGUGUUAGAUAGCAGAGAGUCAUGCACUAACAUAUCUAACAAUACUCAGACUCUUAUGUUUUUGUGUUGUUUGAGGUUAAACCUGUAGAGAUAAAAUGCGAACAUUCAGCUCCUGUGAAAAAAUGUGGCGAGUAGAAGAAUAGGUUCACACGCUCCUGUAAUGAUGAGCUGUUUAUCAUCGCCAUCUGGAGGAUUCCUCUGAUGAUUGUAGUCUGUUACAAUAUUACCAAGUACAACAGGUUCCAGACUAUUUCCAAAAAGCAUUGCGGAGAAACAUUUAUCCUUGCAACAUGUGUAGUCGAUACAGCGUCAUAAAAACCAAAAGCUUCCAAAGUGUUUCCACUGUCUCAAGACGGAUAAGGGAUAUGAGAUGAUAUAUAAAUGUGUAAUAAGAUGAAAGGGAAUAUUUUUGCUUUGAGAUGUCUAAUAUCUUACCCAGAAAUGCUACAAUAUGUUAUAUAUACAUUGUUGCUAUUUAUUUUAUUUUUGUAUUGCGCAAUGUUAAAAUAUAUUGAGGCACACAGUCCUCUCAGCCGGUACUGGUCCUGUAGCGGAGGAUUCAACAAUCUACUAUAAGGGCAGAAAGGAGAAAAAGACGGACUUCAAAAAUGUUUAAUCUGCAGGGGAUGUAGCGUGCUUGCUAAAUGUGCAGAUGUGUUCUACUUUAUUUACUUUGUGCUGUACUGUAACAUAUGUCCAAAGAGCACAUGUAUUUACUAAGUAGAAAUCCUGUUAUUGGCUCUCGUCACAGCUACUGUAUGUACGUUCUCGUUGUCUUAAGAAGUGCUGGUUACCCUCUUCAUCACAAUAAAACUCACUAGCUACUUAGUCAAAAGCCAUGAAAGAGGAAUGUGAUGCUAACACAGAUGCCACUGGAAAAACUUUGGCCAAACUGCAUAAAAAGAAUAAGGUAGCUGAAACUUUAAGGGGUAUGUAAACAUUUGGAAAUAUUGCUUCUCACUCACUGUACUCCGUAUCAUCCUAAAGACUCAGAAAGGUGUUAAAGUGAACUACUCUAUGGCUCAUUCAAGUAACACAAUUAUUGCAAUGUAAUUUGUUUUUAUCUGUGAUAAUGUAUAAAGGAUACCUAUUGAAAGACUGGCGAGUUUAUUCACUGGCAUUUAUGUGAGAUAUUUUCAUUGUAGGGGCUAGCAGGUUCUCUGCACAUUAGAGCACAAAAGGUCUUAACAUACAGUAGUGGCACUGUAUAGCUCACAGGUAACUGUUAAUGGUGGUGCACAGGAUGUGAGAUACUCCAGUACAUAAAUGGCUACAUUUGUUAACUAUGGUUAAAAUGGCGACAUUGAAAGACGCCUAUAUAAAUAAAAUGCAUUAUUAAUUGCUGCUCUGUGACAUUAAGCACCCAUCUAAAACUGCUACAGAAAAAAUGAAUCCUAGCAAAUUACAUUUUCAUUCCUUCGUACGACGCUGCUCUACUGCUGCCAGGGUAAAGAUGGCCAGCCGCUCCAGCAGCUAUACUACCUUGCCUUUAGAUGUUCACAAAACCCAGACUGUAUCUGUCAAACACUGUCAGUCAAUAAAUAAAGACAAACUUGUGUCAAUACAA